CCCGGCACUCGACAUGGAGGGAACAGCACUAGCGCACAACAUGGUACCAUCCGUAGAGAGUGCCUCGGACGUGAAACUAGCACAAGAAGUUGAACGGAAAUGUGGAAGCUUGGACGUGAAUCUGGAUAGAAAGUUCCUAAACAAUAAUAAUAAUAAUACUAGCAUGAAAUGUUUGCAAUUCAUCACGCCCCCAGAUCCGCCUCCACCGCCCGCACUAUUGUUUGAUUACGUAGUUGAGCAAAGCGUCCAAAGUCAUCAGCAACACAAUCUCCUAGAUAGCGAUCUUAAAAGUUUUGAAAAUCUUAGCUUUAAUAGCAAUAGUGACAAGCAGUCAGUGAAUAGUCAAGUAGGUAAAUUAGCAACCAAUUCACCUAGAGUUAACCCACGGCCAGUAGUACGAAGCGAAGAUACAGACGUCGAAAAGGAAAUGUCGAAAACAGGUACCGAAUUAGCGAAACCACCCGUCAAUUUGAAUGUUACCAAUGCCUCAACUAACCAACCAAGUGACCAAAACACAACGAAUCCAUCACCUCGUGUGACUCCGGUGUUAGUGAAAACUACUCCAGAAAACCCAUUAAUAACCAUCAGUAUCAACCAUAACAACAUGACUAACCAAAGACACCAUUCCGUCAUCCUACAACCUGCUCAGAAAUCGAACGGAACCAACGCCUCUAUACCUACUGUGAACUUGUGUGAUAUGUGUCAUCCGAAUUUUGAGCCACCUUUGCCUUCAAUCACCACCGAAAGUCCGACUUUGUUCGAACAAGCUUGCGCGACUAUGGGAGCCUCGAAUGCUACUGAGGUAGCCGCCGGUGCCGGCGUGGUCGUAACCGCUUCUGCAGCCACAUGCUCUAGCAAGCCACCCAUCUACAACCACCACUAUCAACAGUACCACCCAUCCCCUUACUUCCCUUCCCAUCACCAACCCCCAAUCGGUCGUACUAACCUAUCAUCCCACAGUAUUCGCUUUAUGACUCAACACAUUAAAAUUUUACCGAAAACUCAAUCUCUAGAUCUGGGAGAUAACGACGAUCUGAUAGAAGCAAGCAAUAGAAGCGAAUCACAGCUAGACAUCAACACGGAUGGUGUAUCGUUCAGGGGCCGGGUGCUACCGAAGCUGCAACCACUUGACCAAACUCGACCAAUAUAUCCCAAUGUACCUUACAGUCCGUACAACAGUCCCUACGGUAGCCCCCGGAGUGGACGGCGGCGGGCUCCAUUGCGUGAAUCCCGGCGGGUUUCAAUCGAACAGUCGGGAAGCUUUCUGCAGUUGAACCAGUACAAGCUGCUAGACCAAAUCGGGCAGGGUUCAUACGGGCUUGUCAAACUAGCCUAUUCCGAAGAAGAUUCGACACAUUACGCUAUGAAGAUACUGUCCAAACGCAAGCUUCUUCGUAAGGCCGGACUCAUGCGCCGAGGCCCAAAGCGAGGCACAUCCCCUCUCGAUCGAGUCUACAGAGAGAUUGCGGUACUGAAAAAGUUGGAUCACCCCAAUGUGGUGAAACUAGUCGAGGUCUUGGAUGAUCCUUUGGAAGAUUCAUUAUACCUGGUGUUUGAACUGGUGCAACAUGGAGAAGUUCUCAGCGUACCAACUGAUAACCCACUGAGCGAAGAACGUGCUUGGAACAUCUUUCGUGAUGUUAUACUAGGAGUUGAAUACCUUCAUUAUCAGCGAAUAAUUCACGGCGAUCUGAAGCCAGCCAACUUGCUGCUCUCCGAUACGGGUAGCGUUAAAGUGGCCGAUUUGGGUGUAUGUAAUGAGUUCCUCGGUGAAGAUGCCGCCAUGAACAAUGGGUCUACGGCUGGUACGCCUGCUUUCAGGGCACCUGAAACACUGCAUCCAGGUCAGCUCGUCUACAAUGGUAAGGCAGCUGAUAUUUGGGCACUUGGUGCAACCCUGUACGCUCUAGUCCACGGAAAUGUUCCUUUCAUUGCUACGUCGGUUCCUGGUGUGUACGAAAAGAUAAAAAAUGAGCCCCUGCAAUUCCCUGCUACCAGUACAAUCAGCCCAGAGCUCCGGGAUCUAAUUGAAACUAUGCUGGACAAGGAUCCCCAACUUCGGAUAACGCUUCCACAGAUCAAGGAACAUUGCUGGGUGACUAAGUUCGGGGUGCACAUGCUGCCAAGUGAAGAAGAAAACUGUCGAUUGGUGCAAAUUAACGACGAAGACAUGACCAGCGUUGUAAAAAGCAUUCCCAAAUUGGAUACCCUGAUAUUGAUUAAAACUAUGCUGAAGAAACAUUCUUUUUUGAACCCAUUUAUGAGAGCGAUCUCCGGGCAGGUGUCACAGAUCGCUGGUUCAAGAAUUGAGCGUUUUAGUCGCUCUGGUCGAUCCAACUCAGCACCAGGAGAUUAUCAUACUUCUGAAAGGCAACCUUCAAGCGAAUCUCUUCUGCCGUCAGUAACUGAAGGCGUAUCCAGUCCGUCAGGCAGUCCGGAAGAGUUACUUUCUCCCGGUAAAAUACCUUCCAACCCGAUUUCAGCUCCUCACGAAGAUUCGUGCAAUCCCGAUCCCGUAGCCGCGGAACCGUUGGAACAGCGCAAUAUGGACACCGACCAUAUGAAUAUUCCAAAUCGUGCUUACCUAGAAUUUCUGCUCUAAAACGAUGAUAGUGAUUUCCACUUUCAUAAAAACUCCCAAAGAUUUUAGAAUGGAAACAAUCACACAAAACUAUUAUUGUUCGGCUGUAUAAUCAACGUGAUAUGUGAAAACGUGAAUUUUUAUUUUGUUUCAUGUUUGACUUAAAUAGACAUUAUUCCGUCUGCUCGUAGGAAAUGUUACAUGUAAGGUGUUUCCUACUUUGAAAUAAUCGAAUUUUAUCCGUACUUAGUGUGUGUAUACAGAAUUUUGACAGUUUUUCAAAUCUAGAAGUUAUCAGAAAUGAACUAGCCGUAAAGAAUAGCUUUGAUCAGAUUUUAAUUGUAUAAAACACAAAAAACAAAACAAAAGCAAAUGAGAAAAAAUGUACAUAAAUAUUUUACAGUUUUUGCUCUUUUUUAAGAUGUAAUAUACUAAAACAAACGUUUUUAAAAAUAUGAUACUUAUACUCACCAUUUUGACCAAAAAUUGAAAAUAUAAUUUACAACGGUACGAUAUUAUUAACGACAUUCUGCUCAAAAGCACAGUGUCGCAAAUUCAGAAGAAUAACGCUUUAUUACUUACAACUGUCAAACUAAAACUUGUCAUAACAAAACAUGAAUUUGGCCAAAAACGUUAGCAAGACAUUAAUCAAUACUUGCAAACUUAAGCGAGUUAGUCAACUCACUUCUUAAAUCUUAUGAGGAAAAAAAACUUUCAUAUUACAUUAAAUGUAGCAACAAAUAGUUUUUUGGCAUUACUCACGUUAUCAAAUUACUAUAUAGCGAGUUAGUGUUAACCAAUUGAGCAACAACAAAUAACCCAUGAUGAUAGAUUUCCAGCCAUGUAAGCUUUAAUACAAACAACACUUUUAACUAAUGGACUUGAACUGUUGAUAAUUUCCGUGUUGUAACAUACACACGUCGGGACCAUUCUGUUGUUUAGGAUGUUCCUAACUACCUGCACUAAACGCCUAAACUAAACGAUACAUUCGAAGUAAUCUGUGUAACGUAAUCUCCUCUUAUACUACUAAAUCGCACACUAAUCACUAUUCACCAUGACACUUUUAUGCCCUUCUAAUUGAUAGCUUUUUCGCGCCAAAAAUCAUUCCAAAAACUGAUAGAGUCAAUACAACGAGCAAAAAUUGAAUGUUAAAGCUAAAACCUUCGUGAUUGUCGUGAUUCCAUUUUGAAUAUUUAGAAGGAAGCGACUGUACCCUGUUUAAAGGUUUAUCAUUCACAGUUUUUAGAUAAUAAUACAUUGCUUUAGAGUUUUAACUAGCUUACUACCAAAUGUUGCAACUAUUUAUAACAAAAAUCUGAUGCUGAUGGUAGAAUUUAAUUACUCUUAGACGUAUCAAAUAUAACCAAGGAAAAAAAAUUGUACAGAAUUUGGCCCUUCUCGUUUGAAAUAAUAUCUACGCAUAUCAAAGAGAAAAAUCAAUGCAAACUUACUUAUUCGGAUCACUAAACUGGCAAAUCUCACUCAUUAAUGUGACAUUUUUCAAACCACUCUAGAAUAGCAUGAUAAGCAUCAACGAUCAGUUCAAAAGUCCGAAAAAGAUGACCACCUUGGAAAAAUAAUCCUAAUUUAUGAAAUUACGAUGCUUAAAUUAAUAAGUAAUGUUCGAGUUGUUUUGGAGCUCUCAACAGAUCUUCAAUUAAAUCAUACAAUUUCCAAAUUAAAAUCAUUUGUUGCAUACAUUAUUCGAUAUUUUCAUGUUUAAAUUUUGUAUUCAUUUGCACAAAAUACACAGAUUAAAAAAAUAUGCAGAUACAGUUUUGGCUGAGUGGAUGCUGUUCAUUCGCCUGUUGAAAACUAGAAAAUCCAACCAGUAAUAAAAGUUGUUUUUUCUUGUUCAGGGCUAAUCCAUCUUGUCGGAAGUAGUGCGCAUUAUAGUGCAACAUUGUACGAAUACUGCGCAAUACAUUUGAUGUGAUUGCAUCGUUUCGGACAAGAGAAAAUACGGUUGUCUCUGGUUGGAUUUUCCAGUUAUGUACACAAAGACCCUUCAAAAGAUCAUUUCGAUGAAUUUCCGAUAGUCGGAAAACAGUAUUGUCGCGCUUAUAAUAAAAUCUCACAUUGCGCGCGUCUGAAAGGUACAUCAAACAUAGCCGCAGUUGCUCCGCCAGCCGAUUUCACUGGAGCCACUAGACAAUGAGACAGUCGAACAUAAGCAAACUGUAGGAGUGAUAAGCAGUCUCUAUGAAUGUAGAGGGUCUUCUCUUGCAUUGUUUGUUUAUUUCUCUACCUGAUGUGCGCUUUUCGAAAGCUCGAAGGAAUAAGCUUCUUAUGAAUUCAUAUAGGCGGUUGUCACGCGCCUAUCUGAAUUGACCUUUCAUAUAAUCGCAAAUCGAGCGAUUAUACUGCAAGGAACAAUAUAAAAACUCUAGAAAUAAAACCGCAGAGAAAAAAACAACAUUUUGAGCACGUUUGUCCUGGCAUUGCAUGGUAAUACGUCCAAUGUUGGGCAUGUUCAGGAGUGUUUCAGUAUAGACGUUGAGAACUGACAUACAAGUAAUGUUUUCAAAGUGUGUAAGAAAUGAAACUGUCGUUUUGAAAUGCCACCAGCCAGCAGCUACUUGCCACUUGCCGGCACUACGAUCGGUUAUCAAACGCUAUACGAGCGUUGCGUGCAAACUUGGAUACAAAGGUGAUCCAUGCAUGCGAACCUGUAUGCUAUUUUCAACGCAUUUUCAAUUAAAUGUUUACACAAGUUUUUCGAGAAAGUUUAUUCUAGCUUAUAUGUCUGUUCUCUGUGGUAUAGAUUCAUAAAUUUGACAGUUCUUUGAUACUUUUUCCAGGCUGUUUAGCGGAUUAGUGUCACUUAUACUCCGGGAGGCCUUUUUUGGUAACACCAUUUUUAUAUCAACCACAGAUACGCAUAUUUCGCAUACUAAUUAUGUGCAUCAUGGCACUGAAGAUGCAGAUAAGUAGUAUGCAAAAUAUAUGUAUCCGUCGCAGAUACAAGUGAAUAGUGGAAUUACAUUACAAAACAAACCCUUACAAGGUAUAAUAGUUCUUUAACUCUCGAAAAGGAAAGCUGAAAUUGUGACUCCAAGAAGCAUCGCAUCUAAGACCCAAUGAAAUCGAAAGCUUCAUUUUUGUCGUUUUAUCAGUGAGCAAAUUAAAAGCCUGAAAACGCUCGAUCGUAUUUCAAAUUACAAGUUCAUUGAAACUAGAGAACUGUAAUUAGCCGGGCCACUGAGACCCCUUACCUUUUUGAGGGUUAAUAUUGUGAUUUCUGACCGCUCAUUUACAACCACAAAUGUAAAGUCAAACCAAAGAAGUUUUGUUUGUUUUCCUCACGAAAUACCUAACCUCAACAGGUUUUGAAAUGCACAAUUUGUCUUACGCCACUACAGCACUCGUUGUCCCCUACCGUCGGUCCGGUCUGUCCAGCGCUCGGGCGAGCAUUUGACGCGCUGAAGAUGUCUGGUGCUGCCGCGCCAGUGACAUGCGAAGGUUUUCUAUGACUACAGCUGGGCCAAGAUCUCUACGGCUGGAACAAGACAUCUGGAAUAAGACGUCGGUGGGCGUGCCUCUUACUGGUUUCCAGACGAAUGUGAUACCUAAAGGAGCUUAUAUUCUCAGGUAUCACAUUCGGCUCCACUGCCCAUGAUGAAAGGGUGGCGGAAUUUCCCCAACUCAAAGGCGGAUACAGCCGCCACAAAGUCAGACAGUACAACGACUGAUCUAUUUUCUGUUUUCUGAGUAAAAUCGAGCGUGAUAGCCGACGCCUCGGCAGCGAACACCGAGCAUGUCGCCGGUAGGCGGAAUAGAGCCUUUCUCCUAUUGCGCUUACUACUUAUUAGGUCGGAAUAAUCACCGAUCUUCGGGCCGUCGUUGAAUAUCCAUGUUAUGUUUAUACCUGGUAGCUAUGAGUUGGUUAUAUUUAGCGCUGGCCUCCCUGCCUCACGGCCCUCAGCUCUGUCGACAGACUUGUGUCCAAAUUGGGUCCGCGAUCGUGCCAGGGCCGCUCCCAACCUCAGUGCAGACGGGCGAUUGGUGGUAGGUCUACGUCUGUAUAUUCCCGAUAGAUCUCGCUGACUAUCUGUAGGAGGAAGCAGUCCUCUCCGACUAUUCGCUCCAAAACUCUCAGGACUCUUCUAGCGAUGGUGACGCAGCCACCCAACGAAGGGGGAGAAUCCUGGCCUUGACACAGGCCGCUUCAGCAGGUGUGCUGCGGAGCAGGCCAGAAGCAGCGCCCUAUCUCGUGGUAUAGAAGGCUUAAAAUAUUGAUGAUAGCUUCCAUAUUGCAGGUCGUCAGCUGUACCCCGUAGAAUAUCCUGCUGUGUACUAACGCCUGGUCAAUAUUCAGUGCAGCGCUUGUGCCGGGAGCUGAUUGUUUGAAUUAGUCACAACCGGUUCCGGCAGCCGACUUUGAUAUUUCGAAAGCGUGACGCAAAGGGGAGGCGACGGCCUAUGGCUAUCCCCAGAAUCUUUGCUUCCUUGCGGUAGGGAACAAUCGCCCCGUCCAGCAUGAUCGGUUCGUUCUGCAGCUGUGCAUAAUAACGCUUACCGCACUAGAGCGGCUUGAACUUUACGACGGGUUCGUUUGAUGGUCCUUCCCAUUGCUACCAGCACGAUGUCAAUUGAGGUUUUAUGGUAGUUUUAAAGCCACUGAUAAAACUUAGAUUACACUUGUAGCGUGCUAUAAAACUUCAAUUGCUACUUGGGAAAUAAAGAGUUCAUGGACACAAGAAACAGUGCGAUGGCGAAGACUGGACCCCGUUGUUCUCCGAAAAUGCUUCAGAUUGGCCACCCUUCGAUUCCCACCCGGAAGGUGCGGUUCUACAGAUAGUCGUAUAAGAACCGGCCCAUGUUUACGGCGUUAUUCCGGUUGGCCAGUUUCUGCAGUACUCCGUGACGCCACACAGUAUUGUAAGCCUUCGUCACGUCGAGUAUAGCGAUGUUGGCGUGCAGGCCGCCGGUUACAGAUUGACCUACCACCCCUCCAAAGCUGGUGAGGUAGGCAACCAUUUCUGAUCCAAGAGUUUACGCUUCUCCAAUAAGUUCAUCAACCGUCUGUUCACCAUUCGCUCCACCGUCUUAACGAAACAGGGGAGCAAACUAAUUGAGCGGCAAUCAUCUGGCAUUCUGUUCUCUUGGCAUCGCAUUGGGAUAGGAAUUAGGAAUUUAGCGUUUCCUUCCAAGAAGCUGGCGGUUCACCGACUCAGAUGCGGUUAAUAUUCUCCAUUAUCGCCCGCUUGGCUACCAGCGGAGAAUGUCGCAUAUGUGCAUUGCCAACGUCGUCCAAUCCGAAAACUUUACUGCGUACCGAUUCCAAUACCACACAAAGUUCACUUCCAGUGAAGAGCUGGUUGUAUAUUCGUCCUGAAUCGUGUUCGAAACGGACGGGCCUACUCUCAACCCUUUGGAGGACGGCGUCUGUGUACAGGGUGGAUCGUCGUUCACCCGUUAACGACAAUAGCGUGGCAACUGUGGUGUCGCUUUCCGCUAAGGGCGUUGACUCUCCUUCAGAGCUCUGAUGUCGAGGAGUCUAGAGAAAUACCUUCUAAAAAUCUGGUCCAGCUGGUGUUUUUGCGUCUUCUGUGGCUUUCCUGGCCUCGUUUUUGGCCUUUCUGAAAUCAUCUGCUCGCUAACGUCGGCGCGGGUCGCCCAGUGCAGUCUAUUUAAGUGUCCGUAGCGCAGUUCGAUGGGGUCUGAUGACUAUCUCGACCUCUGGGCACCAUCAGUGCAUCGCCUGUCGGGGAGGGUUCCCACUUUCCUGGGAUCUAGGAAGCGGCAGCCCGAUUCAAGAAGCUGGUGAAUUCAUCCGGCGUAUAUGACUUGAUUUAUCAGACUGUCGACGGUCUCCUCGUACCGAGUCCAAUCCGCUCGAUCAUGAAGCCACCGCCUUCGACGGGUUGUUGAAGGUGGCCUCUGAUCGUGCGUAACCUAGAUAGGGAAGUGGUCACGGUUGCAUGUGUCAGCAAGGACAGUCCACUCACAAAAUCCGGCGAGCACCCCCGAGCAGAUAGUUAUCUCGAUGGCGGAUUCCGUCUAUCCGCAAAGAAAUGUCGAACUUACAUCGAUUAGAACAACGGCACGUGGAAACGGACAAUCGUUUUGUCGAGAGUCAGAUUUUCAUUCGAGUUGUUAGGGUCUUCGAUGAGAUACUCUGGCCUUGGCAGUGUUAGUUAGAUGAUUUAAAUUAUACCUACCGGGUGCCAGGAGCAACCGGGAAUCGGGCUAAAUUUUCGUUGCAGAGAAUUCUUCCUAGUGGCCCAUCGGGUGCGAGGAGAUCGAGAGACUUGAGCCGUUGUUGUUAAACUGAUUACUAUUAGGCGGAAUGAUCACCUGCUCUAGAGCCAAGCAGGGUGCGGGGUUCUGGAGGCGAUCGUAGUUUCCAUCGUUUGGGGUUGCUGUGUUGGUAGAUUUUCCAGUUUCUGGUCCGAUUGGUCUGUGGUAAAUGUUUGUGAAACGGUAAAAUGAAUGCUAGUUGGGAUAUUAUAGAUACUUCGCUGUGUGAGUUUAAAUGGUCCGGUGUCGACAGCCGCCGUGGUGUAUAGGACAUGUUCGAAACUUCCCCGAUCGGGGUCGAUAUAGGUAGGCUUCGUUCAAUAUUGCAGUCGAGUUUUAUGUUGUUUGUUGCACCCCAAUCAACAUUCUGUUGUUGGUUCAAAGCUAUCCGGAAAUAUCGAGGGACACUUGGGGCACGUUGUAGCGAAAGCUCGAUCGGGUUAUCCUUUGCGUUGAUUCUAUGCUGUUUUUAUUGGAGUUCAGAAUAUUCCCCGUUGCCCCGCUUUGUUGGCGUUCACUGCUCUGCCUUUAGUUCCGUGUGUUGGUUAGUUCUGCUCGUUCGUUUCGUUACUUUAAAUAGAUGUUUUUUAAUUCUGACAGCCUCCGCCAGGUGGCCUUUCAGGCGUAGUAUCUCAUCGUCCCGCUCAUUUUUGUGAUUUCUCCCGUUAGUCUGUCGAUAGUGCAGUUCUUCUCGUUUUUUCUCAACCCGAGCGGUCUCGAGCCUGUUUGGCACAGCUGGGUCCUCUGCGGUUUUGUGUAAUCAAUGCUCUUGCUUCGGGAAAUGAAAUGACUCUGGAGAUCUUUUUCCACUUUUUCGAUCUAGCUUGAAUUUGCAAAAUGUAAGUAUUUAAUAUCCAUGUUCGCAUCAACUUUGUACUCCCUCGCAGACAAGUCUGUUCAACAAACGUCAUGUCCAUCUGCUGAAAACAAAGUGAUCGUUUUUCCAGUUAUCGAAUAAAUAACUAUGUAGAGCUAGUUUUUGCAGAACUUUGAUGUAUUACACGCAACGCAAAAUAAAUUCUAAAUUUCUAUUUUAAUGGCAUGAAAAUACAUAUAAUUUUAUUGAUUUUUACACAUGCACCACAUGCCCCUAGGUUCAAAAUCACUAUCGCAUACAGGUUUACGUGCGUAAAUCACCAUUGUAUCUAUAUGUAUGUAUCGAUUGCUGCACAAUCGUAUCGCCGACUAGUUGCAAAUUGCUACUUGCUGAUAGCAUUUCAAAACGAGUUUUUUGGUUUCACACAUUGAAAUCUUAAGCUGGAUGUCAGUUAUCGGUGACAAUAUGUUUCAUUACACUUUCCAUUAAACUUUGAAAAAUAUCAAUAUUGAAAAGAAAAUGAAGAAACUUUCAAUUUAAUUGUUGUCGCCAGUUUGUUUUUUUGUUCAUCGCAUAUCUCAAGAGGAUUACCAGAGGGCAUUAAAUGCAAAUUUUGUUUAGACCAGAUUGUAAGUUAGGCAACCUUGCCAAACGAACAUCCAAACGCAAUGUUCGCUGAAGUUUUUUGCUCAUAUUAAACCCACAUUUUGUGUAGAAACCCGAACAAACAGGUUCGUGGCACCAGUUUUCUCAUUCUCUCAUUUGUCAUCACUAUCGUUUGGUGUUCGAGAUGAACCUGUACAUCGAGUCAAAGCACGUUUGAAAGUGAACAAGUGCAAGAAACUUUGUACAAGGUACAAACUUGUAGAUGUGCAUGUGAAGACUGCUGUAAGGAGAGUGAUGCCAAAAUUGGAACAAUACCUAAUUGUCAGUGUCAUUUCAAACAAACAAACGACCUUGUAAAUCCCUGACAGAUAAUAAAGUUCUAUUUUGAUAGUUGUCAACACAAAUGUACUUCGAUAUGCAUUGACUAAGCAAUGCAUAAACGUUUCCACGACAUUCAAAAGCAUACAUUCAUUUCAAAUGCAUAAAAAUUAACCACUCACCAAUAAUGGCAAAGCGGUCAGAUUUCUGCACGCGACGUCAAUUUAUGAUCAACAAUCUCUUAUACUUACCAUCAGUUUUCCCAAAUGAACAUCGAACACCAUGUUCGCUCUAGUUCUGUGCAGUUGUGUGCAAACUCGAAUGCGCUAAUGCAUACCAAAACACGAGCACAUGUUCGUCUGCACAACCGAACCCCAUGUACGUACGCGGUGUUCGUACACACAGGCUCUUGAUACUAGUUUUCUCUUUCUUACACCCAUCAUCACUAGCAUUGACCCAUUCUGUUUUGUGUGUGCCUUUCUUAUGUACGCACACGAUGUUUAAACCUAAGUUUGCACAUCGUUCGCUUGGGUGCGGUGUUCGAUGCGAACCUGUACACAAAGGCAAAGCAUGUUUGAGGUUGAACGCGUGCACGAAAUUUUGUACACGGGUGCAAACUUGUCGAUGUUCAUGGGAAGACUGCUUACCAUCCUUGUUUAAGACAAUUUCUCCAUCCUAUCCAUUUUCUCCUUGCCAUUUGAUUCUCAAAUAUCUAAGAAAAAUUUCACUCGUACAAGAUUAAUAUAAUGAUAUUUUCAAUGAUUUGUAAAUUAUCAGAGAAGUUGUAGAAAGAAUCAAAAAGGGAGCUUCGAGAUUUGGAGAUUUCUAAGAUCCCUUUUUUAAAUUAUAAAAUAAAUAAUAAAAAAGGAACAGGUCGCACAGAAAAACGUAUAUCACUUACUAUUCUUUAAGGUUGCAAAGUCAACUUAUUCCUUAAAACUCUUUCAAUUUGCAGUGAUAAGUAAGAACUUAAUAUCCAAUUGGAGACAGCGACUGCGCAUGAAAGUUUGCUGAAUAAUUUUGCCUAUAGAAUUUUGAUACAAACAAGAGCAACAAAGUAAAUACAAAAUGUGAUCCAAUAUUUUAACUAAUGAAGAAUGAGUAAAUUGUUGAUAUUUUGAAGUUUUUCCUAAUUAUUUAUGGAAUUAAUCCCAAAUAUUCAAAGUUAAUUGUAGCAUUUUUAUGAGAAAUAAUCUUUUGAAGUAGUAUCGCUGCGUCAUCAGACAAAUUUUAAAAUAUAUUACAAAAGUUUUA